AAAAGUAAAAACUUCUAACCCCUUCAGAAGUCAAAUAUGAAGAUGAUGUUCUUCCACAUAAUCAAUGAUUAACUAGUUUAAUAAUAAAGUUUAAUCAUACACUCAACUAAAAAAUAAACAACAUGGCAUCUAUAUGAUGUUAUACAUCGAACCUUACCAAACAUCUCAUCUCUCAUGAGCCAUGGCCGGAGAUUAUGAUCCUGAAGCAACUCCGUCUUCGCCGGAAUAUAAGCCCUUACCUUCAUCCAGCCGCGAUCUAGACGGCGCCGUUCUGAUAUCACAUCCUUCUUCGAUCAGACGACGUCGUUUCAUCAUCUCUUUAUUUCUCAUAUCUUUUGCCUCGAUCCUCAGCUACAUCUUCUGGCCGUCAGAUCCACGCAUCAAAAUCGAACGGGUCAAAGUUUCCCACGUGCACGUCCACCGUCGACCGGUGCCGUCUAUAGACAUGACGAUGCUCGUUACGCUCAAAGUAUCCAAUGCUGACGUGUACUCUUUUGACUUCACGGCGCUUGACGUUGCGAUUGGUUACAGAGGGAAAACGUUAGGUCACGUGAGUUCGGAUGGCGGGCACGUGAGAGCUAUGGGUUCGUCUUAUCUUGAAGCGGAGACCCAGCUUGACGGCGUCUCGGUGUUUGCUGACGUCAUUAACCUGAUACAUGAUUUGGCUAAGGGCUCCAUCGAGUUUGACACCGUUACCGAGACAAACGGGAAACUUGGCGUUUUCUUCUUCCGUUUCCCUUUAAAGGCGAAAGUGGCAUGUGGAAUUCUAAUAAAUACAGUUAAUCAGACAAUUUCUCGUCAGAGCUGUAGAUCUAUCUGAUUCAAGAGACAUCAUCUGAUAUUUUGAAAAAGAGAGUCAGAGCCCAGGUUUUAGCGGCCUCUCGUGCUGUCCAAGCCCAUCUGCAACGCUCCUAGUCAAGCCUAGAAAAGAGUGAUUGGAAGUUGGAACCAACAUAUGAAUGUGGACAGUGGACCAAUGCUUACAAAGACACUAGUGACCAUUUCUUAACUAUGAUCAUUAUCCCCGAGCCGCGUGUUUCAUUCAUGGCUACGAAAGCUCCUUAAAUGUUCACCCCAAAGAUCAAUUUUAAAUCAGUCAAAACUGUUCUUGAUAUCGGAACAUGAUGCUCCGCAUAGUUGAUAAGUAUGUCAAGCUUCCCGAAUCGUUUGACUACAAAAUCAACCGCAUUGAUAAUAUCGUCUUCUUCUGCUCUAA